UUUGUACUUUAAGAACCUGACACUUAGCAACGUCUGAUAGUUGUAACUCAGAUGCGGAAUUGCUCACUUAGUGAAAAUGAGUAAGAAAAAGGUAUUCGUAACACGGCCAGAUUUCCCUCAAUGUGGAAUUAAACUACUUGAAGAAAAAUUUAAUGUGCAUUACAACCCUGAACCCCAUGAUGUUUCAAAAGAUUAUUUGCUACAGCAUAUCAAAGGGGCAGAAGCCCUUUUCUGUAUAUCCACUGAUAAAAUAACUAAGGAGGUCCUCGAAGCUGCAGGGCCGCAGCUGAAGGUUGUUGCAACGAUUUCUUUAGGAUUCGAACACAUCGACGUUGAAGAAUGCAAAAAGAGGAACAUUCAAGUCUGCAACGCCGCCAAUCCUAUUUCUGUGUCUGUCGUAGCUGAGUUUACGAUUGGUCUGCUGCUCGCAGUAUCCAGAAAAAUUGUUACAGCAGCAGGCGCCAUUCAAAGAGGAGAAUGGAUUGAAUCUUGGACUCCGGAUUGGUAUGUGGGAAGAGGAUUGACAAAUGCAACAGUUGGUAUUGUUGGUAUGGGAAGAAUAGGGCAAGCUGUACUUGACAGAAUUCUACCAUUUGGCGUUUCUAAAGUGUACUAUUAUGAUAUAUUCUCUCCCAUUUCUGCAGCUGAAGAGAAAGGAGCUCAUUUUACUACAUUUGACAGACUUCUAAUGAAUUCAGAUUACGUUAUAGUAACUUGCAAUCUGACAGAAAAGAACAGGGGAAUGUUUGACACCAAAGCGUUUUCAAUGAUGAAACCAGAUGCUGUCUUCAUCAAUACCAGUAGGGGCGGUGUGGUGCAACAGGAUGCUUUAAUCGAAGCCCUAAAAAAUAAGCGUAUCAGGGCUGCCGCAAUUGAUGUUAUGUACCCUGAACCACUGCCAAAAGACCACGAGUUGCUGACAUUACCAAAUGUUGUCGUCACUCCUCAUAUAGCAGCUGCUGAAGAAACAGCAAUGGAGAGACUAAGCACUCUGACGGCUGAAAACAUCAUAGCGGUUUUGGAAGGACGAAAGCCUUUAACACCAGUAUACUGAUUGAGAUUUCUAUACCCGAAGCCAAUUAUUUUUUUGAAUGAGUAUUAAAUAAAAAAGAACUUUCUUACAUCGAUAUUUUUAAUUUUUAUAAAGGGUGUCCCAAAAUUAAUGUAAGAUUUGAAUUUGCCAGCAUUCGUGCAGCAAAGUGUUGGCAACACUAUUAAAAAAACCAUUAGUCAGCUGAUAGUUAGGGUUAAUAAAAAUGAAGCGUUACACCUCAGAACAACAUGUUAACGCAAGAUUUGAAUUAAAUAAAAAAAAAAAUUCCCUUUAAA